CCAGAGAGAGAGAGAGAGAGAGAGAGGCCGUCGGGUGCAGGGGGAGGUUACCACAGGACACUGCUCCUGUGCCGCCGCCGGAUCUCAACAACAGGGAGACUCAGUAACUCUGAGCACCUUUGGAUAUUAUCCUGCUUCCUGGACACGCCGCGGAAACUUCAGACUCCUGCUCGGCUACACUGACGAAUCCGUGCUGCGUUCCUUGUGGGUUUACGUCUGUUUCAUGUGAAGGGUUGAACCGGAGCGGAGCAGCACGUCUCCACCGACCGGACAUUGCUACUUUUCGGCGUAAGCUACCUCCAUUCACUGCGUGUAUGAGACACGGCGCUGGUGCUGGCGGCCACCGGGAAAGAGACUGCGAGUGUGGAUACGAUGAUUAACAAGCGACGUGAAUGAAUAUGUGAAGCUCGUGUAGAAAUACACGCGAAAAAACAAAGCGCCAGCGUUGAAGAACAGACCGAAGACGUCGAGGUCGCUGUGUAGGAAGUGGAGCACGAUGUAGUGUAACGUGACAUUUUUAUUCUUUUUUUAAAUCUGCCCUGUUAGUAGAAAGUAACGAGGAGUCCAGCAGCUCAACUUAGUGACACUUGUAGCAUUUACACAGGACCAAAAACACACGGGGUUUAAGCCUUCCUUUGUGGCAGGGAAGCGCUCGUGUUCUUCCAGGGACAGGAGGUCAGCAGGACGGGUCAUCUGCUCCUCUUUGCCCCACCUCCCCCUCCUGCCAUCAGGCUGUUAUGAAGAUGUGAACUCCCUCCCUCCCUUGCCUUAUUCUCUUCUCUCUCUCCCCCGCCGCUCGGGAGGCUUUGAAUUUUUUUCUCCCCUCCUUCUCCUAUUUUGUUGGCUACAAAGGGGAUCAAACGCGACCCGGCCUCCCUUCCCUCCCCCGUCUCUCGGUGAUGUACGAAAGCGUGGAUGUUGUGGGUCUGAGCCCCAGCCCCGGCCGCAGCAGCCCCAGCACCGGCUCCUUCCUGAGCAUGGACUACUACCACAGACCCCCGGGGCUCGGGCCGGAGAAGGGACUCCUGUCCGGUGUAGGACUCCAGCGUCCAUUCGGGGGGUCUCUUGUGAGGCACUGGAGCGGGUCCUGCCACUCUAUAGAGACUGAGAGCACGAGUUCAGGGGAGGACCUGCUUGUCCCCAGCCCCCACUCACCUCCACCUCCACCCCGCAUCUACAAGCCCUGCUUUGUUUGUCAGGACAAAUCUUCAGGAUACCACUAUGGAGUCAGUGCUUGUGAGGGUUGCAAGGGUUUCUUUCGGAGAAGCAUCCAGAAGAACAUGCUGUACACCUGCCACAGAGACAAAGUCUGUGUCAUAAACAAGGUGACAAGGAACCGCUGUCAGUCCUGCAGACUACAGAAAUGUCUCGAUGUUGGCAUGUCCAAGGAGUUAGUGCGAAAUGACAGAACGAAAAAGAAGAAGGAGGAGAAGAGGCAGGGGGAGGUGGAGAUCUACGUUCUGUCAGCAGACACAGAGCAGAUGAUUGAGCGAGUGCUUCAGGCCCAUAAGGAAACCUUUCCCUCCCUCUGUCAGCUGGGAAAAUACACCACGAGCAACAGCGCAGAGCACCGUGUUUCGCUGGAUGUCAGUCUUUGGGACAAGUUCAGUGAACUGUCCACCAAAUGCAUCAUUAAGACAGUGGAGUUUGCCAAGCAGCUGCCAGGCUUCACAACGCUCACCAUCGCUGAUCAGAUCACCCUGCUCAAGGCCGCCUGCCUCGACAUACUGAUUCUGAGGAUCUGCACCCGCUACACCCCAGACCAGGACACGAUGACUUUCUCUGACGGUUUGACUCUGAACCGUACCCAGAUGCACAACGCUGGGUUCGGACCUCUCACAGACUUUGUAUUCUCAUUCGCUGCCCAGCUGCUGCCGCUGGAGAUGGACGAUGCAGAGACAGGAUUGCUCAGCGCCAUAUGCCUGCUCUGUGGAGAUCGUCAGGAUCUGGAGGAACCAGAAAGGGUGGACGUUCUUCAGGAGCCUUUGUUAGAAGCCUUGAAGAUCUAUGUGAGGAGGAGGAGGCCCGAUAAACCCUCUAUGUUCCCCAAAAUACUGAUGAAGAUAACUGACCUCCGGAGCAUCAGUGUGAAGGGGGCGGAGCGAGUGAUUACUCUGAAAAUGGAGAUCCCUGGCUCCAUGCCUCCUCUCAUCAAGGAGAUGCUGGAGAACUCUGAGGGUCUGGAGGGGCACGGAGUCGGGGGAGAGAAAGGUGGAGGAAAGGGUAGAGCAGAAGGCCAUCAGGAGGAUGAAACAGACAUCAGGAGCUGCCAUCCAAGUCCGUCACCCAAAUCAGUCGCCUCUCCCAGCCCAAGCCCUGCACCCUGCUCCCCAUAGUUCCCCUCACCCUCCGACUGAAGUUCUGCACUCAGCACCUCUGCUCCACACUGCAGUGGGGGGGCAGUGCACAUGGCACACACACAGGGAAUGAACGCAGAAACGUAUUGCACCUGAUAACAGAUAAUAUGGGGGAGAGAACAGUAUGGACUUCUGAACCUUUAAACUUCAAUGGGAGAGAAGCAAAGUGAAGGACAGCAGGAGAACAGUGUUGUGAGGACUGAUUUGAUGUCCAGACAUCCACUUCAUACAUACAGUGCAAAAAAUGUGAUGUAUUUUUUUUUUUAAAUCAUUUUAUAAUACCUGAAAUGUUAAGUAUUUUUCAGACUGUGUGAGCCUUAAUGAAGGAUUGUGUAUAUACUGUAUGAACAGACUUAUGAUAUAUCUUACACACACACACACACACACACACACACACAAACGCUUGUCCAUAACCGAGGCAUGGUGGCAGUUUUCUCAACCUUGUGGUUUUAUCUUAAAAGCAUCAUCUGGAGCAGGCAGGUGUUGCCGGUGGUUAAUACCAGCAUUGGAGUGUAUUGCUCAGGCACAUCAUUUGGGCUAAUGAUGUUACAGGCAGUCAGAUUCAGCAGCAACAAUUCAAAUGAACAAAAACAAAUCCUCACAAAAUGAUCUCAACAACUUCCGUUCUUUAGAGUCUCUUAAACCGCUUCUCAGGGAAGGUUUGUAUCUGCUGUGAGCAAAAUCUUCUUUAAGCAGUCGCAUGUGACUUGUACCUCAUGUCAGUGCAGGCUACGUCCACACUGAUACAUUUGAGUUCAAACACCACUUUUAGAAACGUUUCAAUUUUGAAAACUGGAGUUACAUUUUUGUAGAGACUUUAGCAAGCAAUGACAGUCACCCUCAUUGGCUUCCUGUUUGGGUUUUAUUGGUUACGAUUCAGCUACCAGCAUAUAACACAGCGUGGAUAACCAAUUGCAAGCGAUUCUAACCCUCAUAAUAAAUUAUCCACUUUGUUGUUGGUCCAAGCAGAGACAUCUCUCAUUAAACCUUUUGCAAUUUUUGUUCCUGAUUCUUGGUAUUUUCAGAGUUGAUGGUCUGCUUCCUGUUUACACAGGAAUGAACAUACCAGGGCCCUGUACUAUGAAACAGGUUUUGCGAUUAUCGGGGUAACUUCAGCUUCUAUUCAGAGUUUUCAGUCCUACAAAUCUAGUUCACUUCUUAUCGAGGUAAAUCACCGAGGUAACUUAUGCUGAAUGGCUUCAGAGCAGGUUAUGUUCAAGAUGAGAGAUCAACCUUUAUAAAAGCUCCUCCCACUGACCAAUCAAUUCCUUUCAAACAUGACAUUGGCGUUCCUAGAGGAUCCCGUGGAGCUUGAUGCGCGGAUUGUUUGAGGGUCUGUGAACAAGGAAUGGGUCUUAAGGGACCGGCAAAGAUAUCGAUUUUUAUCAGAGGCAAUAAUGAGCCUUUUAUCAGCCUCUGGUGCUGAACCUAACCAACCUGACUCGUAGGAGCAGUGUGCUCAGUAACGCAGACUGUCUGCAUUGAUCUACGUUUCUUUGCUUCUUACCUGUUCACUGUGGAUGAUGCAGAGAAGAUCAGCAAUACACUGUAUGCACUUUCACACAUUAAUAGCAAUAUCUUUUCUUUAAUCUAAUUUCUUUUGUUCUAUUUGGUGUUCAGCUUAUUAUGAUUUUUCACUUGUUUACAAACCACUCUAUGCAUUUGUAUACUGAUAUCAAUAUACAGUCGUGCGACUGCUUAGCCUUACUGCAUUUGUCAGGUUAGGUUGAGUUGGAUAUCUGAGAGAUAUCCUGAGUAUGUUGAACUCGCUUUGUAGUACAGGCCCCAGGUCAGUGAUUUUGAUAAAUACUUUAAAGAUAUGUUAGUAUGGGCGGCGAUUGUUUCUGAUACGAAGCUAAAAUAUUCGUUUGGAUAGAGAUGGUUUUAGUUUAGCUUCAAAAUGUAACAGUGUAUUGGAGUUUGAAAAAAAUGACAUUAGAUAUCAAGAGGAGAUCAUGAAGAACAGUGGCAGUGUGUGUAAUGUGGUUAAAGCAAGGGUUGGUAAUCCUGGAAAAGCUAGCAAGAGUAGGCUUCACUUUGAAAAAUGCAAAUAAUGUAGUCCAGCCCCUUUUGUUAAAGCCACUUGAAUGACACCUGCUAGAAGCUGACUUUUCUGUGACUCGCUCGCUAACUUUCACCUAUUUCUAUUUCUCCAUGGAUGAAGACACGUGAAUGAUCACAAAGGGUUUUAGUUCAUUUCAUUCGGACCAAAUUAAUGAUUGUUAUUUUUUUUUUAUUCCUACGAGAGCCACAAACUUUUUUAAUGGCUGUCAGUAUGUGAAGAGGAUUUUCAGGGUAGUGAAGUGUUUCAGAAACAAAUUAUCAACCCUACCUUUCACUUCAGAGAUGCAGUAGUUUUAAGAUUGUUUUAUUGUGUCCCCCACUUUCCCAGAGUCUGAAAGAAAAAAAUCCCUCAAGACAUACCUUUUUAUAUAUUUGUCUGAAGUUAUUUCAAAUAGCUGCUUUUCUCAGUUGUGGGUGUAUAUCGGAUCAAAUAACAAAAUCGGUAAACCUAGGCUAGUAAACCAAAUUGGAGUGGAGUCAGACUUAGAAAACCUAAGCUCUACACAAUAGGCACUAAAACCAGGACCCCUGAGUGAAACACAAGCUGUGUAAUUCUGUAGCAUCAUCAGCGUAAGGAUUUACCUGAGCAAUCUGCUGGUCCACCCAGUAUUUAAUUACAGUUGUUUCCUUGUAACCUCUGCCAAUGUCUGGUCUCUGUCUGUCUUUUGAGUAAUUUUACUCUUACAUGUGUUUAUUAUUAGUGGAUCUCCUCAUAUAUGUAGAAUCAUUAUGUAUAAUAAUAUAUUGUAUAUAAAAAAGCUGUGAAAGUAGUUGUUGAACUGAGAUGGAAAGUUAUUUUCCUAAAUGUACAUUUGUGUAUUCGGUUUUUCCACACUUAAGCAAUGAAGACGUCUUCCUCCAUCACUGUCACCUCCAUUUUGUUGUCGAAAUUGUACUUCUUUCUUUCUCCUAACAGGCACAUCAGGCACAAAUAAUAUUAAACGUUGACUGAAUUACCUUUCAGAAA